CGUUGUUGUUGAUUUAAAAUGGCGUUCUCGUCGGCAGAUGUUUUUAAGACUGUACAGCCAUUGGAAUAUUACAGAAGUUUUUUGAAAAAUAAUAAAAGACCCGAUGGAAGAGAAUUAUUUCAAAGUAGACAAACUUUUCUUAAUAUAGGUUAUAUAACGAGUGCAAAUGGUUCGGCCAUGGUUAAACAAGGGGAGACGACAGUUGUGUGUGGUGUAAAGGGGGAACUUGUAACCCCUUCUCCAGAAGAACCUAAGAAAGGUUUCAUAGUACCGAAUGUCGACUUACCUCCGCUCUGCGCGUCGUUUUUUAAACCCGGUCCACCGAGCGAACAAGCUCAAGUAUUGAGUCAACAAAUUCAAGAAUUAAUUGAAAACAGUAAUUUAAAAACUUUGUUACAUUUCAUUUAUUUUCAGUUAGUCUGGUGCUUAUACAUAGAUAUAAUCUGCUUAAACUACGAUGGUAGUGUCAUAGAUGCUUGCGUGAUUGCUCUUCUGUCUGCUUUAUUAAAUACAACACUACCGGUCGUCCAAAUAAGUGAGGAGACUAACCGUACAAUAGUAGAACAUAAUACGGAAUCAUUAAAAGUCCAUCAUCUACCCAUUUCUUUAUCAUUUACGAUCUUCGACGGAGAAACUGUCAUUGCCGAUCCAACUAAAGAAGAAGAAUUUUGGAGUUCGGGAACAUUUCAUAUAGUCAUUCUAGAAGACGGAUCUCUUGCCGGUAUUCAUAAACCAGGUGGAAGCGCAAUCACCGACGAAGAUCUUUGCAAAUGCAUAACAUUAACAAAAAACAGAUCAGCACAAUUGAUAAAACUCAUCAAUAAAACUAUUCUGACAUUAAAAACAUAAAGAACACCAUACUUCUUUCACUCAUCUGUUAAUAAUUCAUUGUUUUUAUUAAGAAUAAAGUCAUUCUUUUAAUUUUUGA